UUCUAAUAAUUAAAUAAUUUUUAAGGUGACUUACUGUAGUAAAGUUUAUUUUAACUUUUGUAAAACAUAAUGGGAGAAAGUGCACUUCCAAACUCAGAGGAGCAGGAGCGGCUCCUGGAUGAAGCGCUUCAAGUAGUUAAAAGGGAAAGUUUCCACAUGAAACGAGAACUUGACAAAAACAAGCUGAUGGAUGGCUUAAAACAUGCCUCAGAUUUGUUAAAGGAACUCCGAACUUCUGCUCUAACUCCAAAGAAUUAUUAUGAGCUGUAUAUGGCAGUGUGUGAUGAACUUCGGCACUUGCAAAUCUACUUGACGGAUGAGUUUCAGAAAGGUAGGCUGGUUUCUGACUUGUACGAACUGGUGCAGUAUGCUGGGAACAUAAUUCCACGUCUGUAUUUACUGGUGACUGUAGGUGUUGUGUAUAUUAAGGUGAAGCCUGGUUCUUGUGAAGCAAUACUUAAAGAUCUUGUUGAGAUGUGCAGAGGUGUGCAGCACCCGUUACGUGGCUUGUUCUUGAGGAACUACCUACUACAGUGUACAAAGAAUGUUUUACCAGACACAUGUGAUGGGGAACAAAAAGGAGACAAUGGUGAUAAAGGAGCCACCAUUCAAAAUUCCAUUGACUUUAUUUUGCUUAACUUUGCCGAGAUGAACAAGCUAUGGGUGAGAAUGCAACAUCUUGGACACAGCAGGGAAAAGGAGAGACGGGAGCGAGAGAGACAGGAACUUAGGAUUCUUGUUGGAACUAACCUGGUUCGACUAAGUCAACUUGAAGCAGUUGAUGUAAAUAGUUACAGAAAGAUUGUGUUGAAUGGGAUCCUGGAACAAGCUGUAAGUUGCAGGGACCCGAUAGCACAGGAGUAUUUGAUGGAGUGCAUCAUACAAGUCUUCCCUGAUGAAUUUCAUCUGCAGACACUACGGAGUUUCUUGAGAGCGUGUGCGGACCUACACCCACAAGUUAACAUCAGGAACACUAUCAUUGCUCUUAUUGAUCGGUUAUCACAUUUUGCAACCAAAGAUGAUGGAACAGGUAUUCCAAACGAUGUUAUGCUAUUUGACAUCUUCUCUGAACAGAUUGCCAACAUCAUUGAGGUUCGUCCACAGAUGAAAUUAGAAGAUGUUGUGUCAAUGCAGACUGCACUUGUUAACCUUGCAUUCAACUGCUACCCUGAGAGGACAGAUUAUGUGGACAGGGUUUUAGAAGCCACUGUACAGGUUUUUGAAACUAGAAACGUUGAGUUGGUGAUGAAUGGCAGCCAUUUGUGUAAGGAAAUGUGUGAACUUCUGCAAGUACCGAUCACAAUCUACAAUAACAUUUUAACCAUUCUGCAGCUACAGUACUUUGCACCACUUUAUGAGCAUUUGGAUUAUCAGUCAAGGAAGAAAAUUGCUGUAAACAUGGUAAGCAAUGCCUUGGAUCACAACACUGUUGUGUCUUCACCAGAAGAAACUGAUUUAUUCUUAAUGCUGGUUUCUCCACUUAUCCAAGAUCAGGCAGAUCAGCCAGCAGAUAUUGAUGAAGAAGAUUUUAUUGAAGAACAAGGAUUGGUGGGUCGAUUUGCCCACAUGUUGUACUCUGAUGAUCCAGAUCAACAUUUUCAAAUUCUUAGGAAAGCACAAUCUCACUUUGCUAAAGGAGGAAACAAACGAAUGCGUUUCACUUUUCCCGCUGUAGUAUGUGCUUCUUAUUCACUUACCUUAAGAUUUAAAGAACAGAAGGAAGAGGAUGCUGCAUGGCAGAAAAAGUGUCAGAAGAUCUUUGAAACAUGUCGUUCCGUGAUUAACACUUUGUGUCAGGCCGAGUACAGUGAACUCCCCAUUCGCCUCUUUCUUCAGGGUGCGCUUGCUGCAUCUGAGCUGGAAUUUGAAAAUCAUGAAGCAGUUGCAUACGAGUUUAUCUCACAAGCGUUCUCAAUAUAUGAAGAGGAAAUUGCAGAUAGCAGGGCUCAACUGGCUGCGGUUAUGCUAUUAGUCAGCACUAUUGAAAAGUGUAAAUGCUUCUCUGAGGAAAGCCAUGCUCCACUAAGAACUCAGUGUGCUCAUGCUGCAUCUCGUUUGCUGAAGAAGCCAGAUCAGUCAAGAGCUGUUGCCCAUGUUGCCCAUCUAUUCUGGUCGGGUUGCACACAAGAAACCGAUAAAAAGGAGAUGCGAGAAUCGCGUCGUGUUGUUGAGUGUUUGAAGAAGGCCAUCCGCACAGCCAACCAAUGCAUGGAGCCUGCUGUACAGCUUCAACUGUUCGUGGAGAUUCUGAACAAGUAUAUUUACUUCUAUGAACGUGGAUGCACUGGAAUCACUGUGGACCUGCUGAACCAACUUAUUGCUAAAAUUAGAGAGGAACUUGGAGGACUGGAAAGUUCUGACUGUGAAGUCAUUCAGAUUCACUUUGACAAUACAUUAAGACACAUUCAGCAACUUGUAGAAAAUUCAAAGGAAAAAGAUCUAACCAAUGAUGGUGAAAAACUUUUUGAAGGAAUUUUGCUGUAAACUAAUUUUCAUUUAAUUAACAUGUAUAAAAAAAUAUUUAUCAUUUCUUAUCUUUUUUAAUUAAGUGUUCUGCUAUUUGUGUUUCGUUGUAUCUGUCAAGAAAUUUUGUAAGUUAUACUGUUACUUUAAUCGUUUAAUGUUCUAAUAUGUUGACAAAAGGAAUUCUUUACUUGAAAUGUCCCAACAUACACCCAUCCAUAUUUCAAGUGUAUUCAAUCAUAUUAUGUUAGCUCUUGGAACUUCUCUGGUAUUCCUACUAAAUUGCAUUGCCAACUUAAACUUACAAAAAGUCUCUCCCAAUGUUGUAUAGAUGUUUGAAAUCAGUGUAGCAGUUUUAAAUGGUAUAAAACGUAACAAUAUCAAUCUGUGCAUUCUGCUCAACACAUUUUUCACAUGUCUUUUAAGUAUUCAACUAAUGUUAUACAUUGGUCCAAAUUCUUAUUGUAUGGACGUAUCGUCACGUAUGGUAGUAUGAUUGUUAGCAAUAACGAAUAAAUGACUUUAUAGGAUCCUCUGGCCUUUUUAUAUAUAUAUAUAUAUAUGUAACAACUGUUUAUGUUUCAUACAGAAAUUACCACCCACCAUGAUAUUAUGCUUAUUUACCAUUUCAUGAUGAUCGAAAAAUUCAGAAUUAUUGAAUAUUUUAAAAUUAUAUUUCAAUGAAUAAAAAACAUUUUAUUUUAAAAUUGAUUGUUGCCAUUUAUUGUUAUUGAUGAUUAAAUAUGUUGUCUUAAAUCCAUAAG